AUGCAACAGAUAUUAUCAAUCGCAAGUGACGAUACUGAGCUAUCAAGUUUAUUGAAAGAUGUUGGCCUUGAAUCAAAACCGGGUCACAGAAAGAGAUUUGUCGCUGCAAUAAAAAUUUUGACUUCGAAAAAGCACGGUGAUUGUGAUGAUGACAGCAAGCGAGAUGAAGGAAAUCUUGGUUCUGUCGGAGAAAGUAGCAAUAAGUUCUUGAAAUGUGUGUGA